CAGCAAAAGAUUGACCCCCUUCAAAUGAGUUCUUUGACCAAUUUCAAUGGCAGUGGCUCACCAGACAACGGCUUUUAUAUCUCAGCAUUUCACAACUUUGUUCACAGGAACUACCUCAUUCUCAUCCUGUCUGUCAUUUAUAUCCUCACACUGGUGGGUAACCUAAUUCUGUUGGCCAUUUUAUUCAUGAACGCCAGUCUGCAUAAUGCCAAGUACAUCGCAGUGUGCAAUUUGGCUCUGGUGGACAUCUCAGUUAACAGUAUUAUAAUCCCUCAAAUGGUGCCGGUUGUUGUGUUUGACCUGAACCACGUCUCCUUCGGGAUGUGCUUUUCCCAAAUGUUCUUCAUGCAUUUCUUCACUGACAUGGAGUCCUUCUCCCUGGCGGUCUUAGCCUAUGAUCGACUAGUCGCCAUCUGCUUCCCACUCCGUUACGCCACCAUAAACACAAACACGAGGAUGUUCUUCAUCCUGGUAGGUAUAUGGGUGCUGGUCUUUCUCAUAGAGAUCUACCCCGUGGCCCUGGCCUCCAGGUUGCCCUACUGUGCCUCUAGGGUGAUCCGGAGCUGCUGCUGUGAACACGGUCCCGUCUACAUCCUGGCCUGCACCGACGUGUCCUACAACCGCCGCGUGGCCAAAGCCAAGACGCUGGCGGUCCUGUUUGGCCCCCUCUUCUUCAUCUUCUGCACCUACUUUCUGGUGGUGGUGGCUGUCCUAAGGAUCGCCUCGAUGGAGCAGCGGAAGAAGGCUUUUGCCACCUGCUUAACACACAUGCUCCUGGUGCUGGUCUACUACGUUCCCAUCGUCCUGGCCUACCUGUUGGGGAGCCGCGGCCUGGUGACCUCCCCCGACCUGCUGACAGCCAUUUUGACCGUGUCCGUCACCUCGCCCCCCAUGCUCAACCCUAUAAUCUACAGCUUAAAAACCGAGGAGCUGAGAGAGAAAAUUACCAAGCUGAUCAGACCUCAGAAAGUAGCCCCUAAAUUCAAUAACAAAGGGUCGAUGUGA